GACGGGUAGAAUUGUCGUGUCAUAAUAGACACGUUUAAAGGGGCAGUGUCACCCCCGUUUGUGCUUCCGGCUUCUAACACGUCUCCCAAAACAUGUUUGUAGAUGGGUUAGGUUAGCACAAUGUGACCAUGUACUAUUGUCUUAACCUUUUAACACCUAGUAUAAAGAGUCCUAACGUGUAUUUUUUUGUUUUUGUAUCAAAAUCGGCUAUUUUACACGUCGUAUACUGUGAGAGUCAUUCAUGCUAAUCUCUCAAAAUACAUUGUGUUCAUAUACCAGUCUAAAAUAUGAUUACAAAUUUUGUUCAUACAGCAAGUCAAUUCAUACUGACAAUAUUAGGAAUAUUUGGUACUUGAAGGAGCAUGAGGAACCUAAAAUAUAGCUGAACUUAAUUUUCUCUAAACAGGUUCAUCCUAAUAUCGCUAAUUGUUUGACACCCGAUUGCCAAUGUGAUGCUGUCCACGCUGUGAUAACAUGAAGAAGAACAAGCUGUGUCAUUGAGGACCGAAUGAAUGGAUGGAUCCAUGUGACCAGCCAUUUUGAUGAGAUCUGACGCGCCAUACAAGCUGGCGACAGCAUGCCAAGCGUCAAAGGGAAAGGCGGUUCUGCAUCCCAGCGGUAUGACGAAGCCACUCUGGCGCGCAGAAGGGAAUACUGGCGAACCCAGAAGCGGCAGCAGAGGGCCCGUCUUUCGGGGUCCGGAAAGAGACCAAAGCGGGAGAGUGCACUUAAGGUCUGGCAUCUGAGUGCUCCUACGGGCGUGAAUUGUACCUCAUCUAGGCCUCAGAGAUCUAAAAGAACUGACAGCACUGCGACCACGGUAACCAAUGGCUGCUCAGCUAACAUCGCACCGCAACGCAGAUCACGACAGAGGACACACUUUGCGUUACGCUCUCAGAAACCACGCCCUGAAGUACCCUCCUUGUGUGACUCGGCGCCUAUCAAGACAGAAGACACAACACCUCAAACAGGAAGCAACAAUGCAGCGUCUCUUCCUCUGCUCCUGUCUGAAGAGGAGAGGGCAGCUCGGCGCAGAGAGCACUGGAGGUUAAAAAAGCGAGAGCAACGAGCCAAGAUGGCCGCAAAGCUCUCCAAAGCCAGAGAACGGACGCAGAACAGAAACCUCACAUCAGAGAGGACAAGUGCUACUCAUCCUACUCCAAAGGUGAAAACACAAAUACUAGCAAAUAAUCAUAAUAGGAACAAAGCCUCCCAAAUAGGAAUACCUGAUGGUAACUUGGAAAGAAAGCCUCCACAUUUUGUACCGCCCUCCGCCCCUCGAGCAAUCACCAGAUGCAGUACACCUCGGCAGAGAUUCAUAGAAGCUCAAAGACAUCUAAAAGUCAAAUCCUUGUCUUUGGCGUCAACCUUUAAUUUGAGACACAUUCUCCGAAUAGAUACCUGUGACACACCAGAGCAGAUCAUCUCCAAGCAGAGGGAAUACUGGCGCAUUAAAAAAAGAGAACAGCGGGCAAAUAUGACAAUGGAGGCCAAGGUCCGGCUCAAGGAGAAAGACUCCCUGAUGCGAAGAGUCCGACGCUAUCAGAAGAUCCUGGAGGACAUGAGGAGGGCCCGAGCGCUGGCUCAGUCGUCAGGAAGCAUCCUAAGCCACGGGUCUGAGACCAUCGGGGGCUUCAUCAAAGAGGACGGGACGGUGUCGGUUAACGUUCCCCAGUUGGUUUCCUUAAAUCCCAACACAUCUAAAAGCGGAGAAGGACUUGAUGCUUCAAAUCCUGCUGAUGCUAAGUGGACGCCACUUUGUGUCAAGCAGCUCCCCCCUCAGGUCAACGUGUCCCCUGUUGGAGCGGCCAUUAAAAGCACAAACACAUCAACCAUACAAAGUGCCACCAGCACCCUCACCCUCACCCAUCCCCAAAGACAGCAGAAUUUCGUUCCUGGAAAUCCGCCCGCAGGUGGAUGUGUCAUGAGAAUGGCCGUGUCAAAUAGCGUACUCUCUUCGGAUCUGGCAUUGACAGAGGAGGCGAAGAUGGCCAAAAAGCGGGAGUACUGGCGGUUAAAGAAGCGCCAACAGCGAGCUGCACGGGCGACCCGACUGAGGCAAAGUGUGUCUGAAGCAAGACACGCAGCAACAUUGCAACGGAGGAAAUCCCUGCGACAAGCAGCAGCAGCAACCCCUGUGGCACCAAGCGGGCCUCCUCCGGUGGUGAGUAAAUUAAACCAAGCAUCUCUUUCAAACGACAGCCGGUCUCCCACACUACAUGCUAAUGCCAUCAAACAGGAGCCCACACCAGCAUCUAACCUAAACGACACCCCACAAGCAGCCAUAUGUCCAGACCUCAAACCCCCAGCCUGCCCUGCCUCUGCAGUGCCAUCACCUCCAGUGCCUGAGCCUGACCUAGCUGUGGCUGCAGACAGCCAGGCUACUACUCUGCUAGCGGUGGCCUCCAUGAAGAGGCUCCUGGAGGAGUCGCUAAGCACGGUCAACAGUGAGUGUAAAAGCAAAGAACCCCAAGUUAAGGCCGAGAUUAAAGAGGAGGCUUCGGAGCCAAAUUUAACUCCUGCGGUUCCCAUCGUCGCUGACUUCACACUGCAGGUCAAAACCCAGCCCCCCCUCAAGGACGACCAAACAACACCUCUUUCUACCUCAGACGUGCAGCCCACCUGCAAGGAGUCACCCCAAAGCACUCCCGUAGUCAAGAACGAGGGCACCCCCAUGCUGUUGUUCCAUCAGAACUGCACCUCAACACAACCGCCUAAACUCCAUCACCUCCCUGAGCGCAUAAGAGAGAAUCAAAUCGAUGCCGCUUGUCGGCAGACAUUGAGCGCGGUGGAGCAGAGCACCACGAGCAGCCUGCAGAAGAAGAGGGAAUACUGGAAGCUGAUGAAGAGGCAGCAGAGGGCCCGUUUGAAGGACCAGCUGAAGGAGAGGCGGCUUCCCCUGAGAAGCAACCAGGCUCCAGCUCUUGUUGUCAACUCCAUCAAAUCCAUGAAGGCCCCAGCAAAACUUCUCCCCAAGGCACCCAUACCUUCCUUUUCGUCAGGUAGAAAAAUUCCCACUUCUCUAGCUCUCACUUCCUCGUCUUAUAGUGCUGAGACGUCGACGGACACGAUUAAAGUAAAGCACCCUGUCACCAGCGAGCCAUGUGACAUGAAUGAGCCACACGCCAUGUCAUCUUCACUUAAGUGGACAUCCAGAAGCACAGAUUUCCUCGCCGCUCUCAAACCCCCGGACAACCCUCUUUCCACCAUCAAGCUUUCUCCAAUUGAACCCCCUAGCCAAACCCCAAACCCAAAUCCCAAUAAAAUCACUCCGAGCUCCAAACAUUUCCAAGCCGUGGCACCUUUAAGCACCAUGGGUCCUCCCAAGCCUGUCCCUGGGGAAUCCAAGGAGGACUUUCAGAAGAGGAAGCGGGAGUAUUGGAGGAUAAAAAAGAAGGAGCAGAGAGCGAGGAAGGCUGUUGGUGAUAAAGGGAUCGCUCCGGGUAGAGCCUCCAACUGCAAACCCAUCCUGCAUGCUCAGGACAUGCACAUUCAGCAGGAUUCCUAUCAAUGGGGGACCUCUGGUCAUGUGACUGAAGAAUCAACACAUCUCAUCAGCAAUUCCAUGCACACUGAGGCCUACCCAGAUUACACAGUGCCACUACAAGAUGAGCUUUUGUUUCCCAAUGACGAGCACCAUCCCGGCGGCGAAGACAGUCUUAUAUCGGAGCCCACGUGGAGGAACAUCUACCUCAUGGACUACGACCCCCUUAAUCAGCUGUUGGUAUGCAUGGUGUGCGGCGACCUGCAGUACUCCCACAGUCUGGAGGGGGUCCGCGCCCACAUCGAGGAGGCCCAUCCACACACGCUGUCCCUGGAGCCGGCCGAGCGGCGCUGCAUCUUGGAAGGCUGGGAUGAGCAGGUGUCCCAGCGGGAGCGCUUCUUUACCAGCCAGCUCCAGCAGCAUGGAGCUACUCUGCCGGAAACAUACAGGAAGUGACGUGCAGGGCUGGCCCCCACCAGGAGAAAAAUAUCUCUACCUAGCAUGUUUCAAGAGAAAACUUUGAAUUGAAACGCAUCCGAAUUACAAUAAUUCACAUUUCAUCUAGUGUGCUAUGUUUGGACGAGCCCACUCGUGAAAGCACAAGAACGGCGGCUGUUGUUGUUGUUGAUGUACAGUUGAGGAUAAAAUUAUUAGCCCCUCUAGAAAAAUUUCACUGUUUUUAAAGUAUUUCCCAAGUACUUUUAAACAGAGCAUUACAUUUUAACACAGACUUUUUAGACAUUCUUGUGUUAUUUUGGAUGCUUCCAAUAUUUUAGUUUGCACACUGAAAUGAAAAUAUUCCUAAUAGUCAGUUGAAUAUCCUUUUUGCUGGAUAACAACGUGCAGUCAUUAGUUAUAGUUUUCAACAAGUCUCUCACACUUCUUUUGAGCAACCUCAGCCCAUUGUUCUUUGGAGAAUCUCUCAAGCUCCUCCAGAUAUGAUGGCGUUCUGGCAUGGACAUUCUUCUUCAGGUCACCCCACACAUUUUCAAUGGGAUUCACUGACAUUAAUUUUGGUCUUCUGGAGAUAGUUCUUCACCAAGAGAGACUUAUGUUUUGGUAUCGUUACCAUAUUGGAGGAUGAAAUGACGACCCAGACCCAGUUUUACUGCCGACUGCUUGAGGUUUUCUUUCAAAAUCUUCCCAUAUCUUUUAUUUUUUGUUCAUGAUUCCUUCCACUUUGACAAGAUUUCCAGAUGCCCACAAGAUAAUACUCCCAACAUGUUUCACUGUGGGGAUGGUGUUCUACCUUUUUUCUCCAAACACAAGCAGUGUCUCUAUGGCCAAAGAGCUCUUGUUUGGUCUCAUCAGACCAUAGGACACAUACUCCAGGUUGUCCUGAGCAUAAUUAAGUCAUAUUUAAGGGUUGAAGGGGUCUCUUCUUGGUCUGCAACCUUGCAGUACAUUCCUGUGCAGAGCUCUGGUGAUUGUUUUCGGUCUUCUUCUGUCAUUCACCAGCGUCUUGUCAGUUUUUCUGGGGUCUUUAGACACAUCCGUUUUUGUCCAGGGUCUUUGAAACCUUCCGCUUCUUACCUCUGCAAAGCUUGUUCUCUAUUGUGCGGCUGUCCUUGAAUCUUAGGAUUAUUAUACUUCUUACUCCAGUUCUUGACACUUGGAAACACUUGGAUAAUAGCAUUGUACACUGUUCUCCUGCUAUGUGUGCAUCAAUAAUUAUUAUUUUUCUCAAGUCCAAACUGAUUUCUUGAAUUUUUGGCAUAGUGCUUUCUCAACUAAGAGCUCAAAUACCCAUACUUAGGCUUUUAAAUCAUGUUUUAACUUAAUUGUUGAGUGAAAUCGCCCUAUUCACCUGGUCAGCUUUAAGAACAUCACCUGUGAAGUUAAAGCACAUCAUUUGCACAAAUGACUUAAUAAAUGGUCAUUUCUUAAAGGGGGCUAAUAAUAAUGUAACUGGUCAUUUUAGUUAUUUCUUCAAUAAGUCUGUUUUGGUGUACAAAUAUAAAUAAUGCUACGUCGAAAAUCCCUUGCUCUGUUAAAAAAGUACUUGGGAAUAUUUUGAAACAACUUCAAAUUUCAAAGGCGGGCUAAUAAUUUUGUCGUCAACUGUAUUUGUAUACUGUAUAUUAUUUUGUAUACCUUUCUUUAACAGUACUCCAAGCACUUAAUCUUGUUUGAAACACUCAUUUUUUUUUAAGACUUAUCAUUGUGAUUUGAAUCUGUGUGAUUUGAAAAAGGCAAUAAGAAGUAGUGUGUAUUAGUAUGCGUCAAAUACACAAUAAUCACUCGGGAUUGAUCAGCCUUGGUCAUGUGACUGCUGUAAAUAGAAAAUACUGUAUUUGAGAUGCCAAAUUUCAGACGUUCCGGCAGCCUUUAUUUAUUAUUUAUUGUGUUGUUGAUUUUGCUGGAGAAGAUUCCAACGGCUGCAGGGGAUCCCCUCCGAGUGUCUUUGUGACUUGUUUACUAUUUCAAAAGGGAAUGUUUUCAAAUGCCUUUCAAGAAAUAAAAGAUUUUGUACGGGACAA